ACCAUAUUGGCCUGAAAAUUUAGGUCCGAAAAUGAACCUCCUAAAUUAAUCGCUUCACUGAAGGGUUGUAGUCGUGCCGUUAUUUGUCUUGCUAUUGGAGCAAACAAGAUCUACUCCGGUUCAAUGGACAACACAAUAAGAGUGUGGGACCUGAAUACCUUGCUGUGUGUCCAAACACUACAAGGACAUGCAGGUGUCGUUAUGUGUGUUCUUUGCUGGGACAAGUAUUUGUUGUCCUGUUCUUUGGAUAGAAGCAUAAAGGUUGGGGUUCCACCGAAGCUGGGGACAUAGAGAUGAUCUACACGCAUGAAGAAGAACAUGGCGUUCUUGGCCUUUGUGGGCUUAAUGAUGCUGAGGCGAAACCUAUUCUGCUCUGCUCAUGCCACGACAACUAUGUCCGGUUGUAUGACUUGCCAACGUUCGCUGAAAGGGGCAAGCUGUUUGCAAAACGAGAAGUGCGGGCAAUUCAGAUUGGCCCAGCAGGCACAGGCCUCUUCUUCACCGGGGAUGCAACGGGCCAAAUAACAGUAUGGAAAUUGGAUGCAGAGUUGAAGAAGCAGACGACAUCGUCAUCAUCAUCAUGAGCCAGCCAUUAUUAUGUUUAAGAAAGUGUAAUUAAUGUAUUUUGAUUGUUUCAUUCGUUGAUUCACCCUCCCGAGGUGUCUAAAUAUGCUCUUCUGCUGGAGGGGAAUUAGUUUGUUGAAUGAAUGAAGUUUAUUUGUUGAAUGCAAUAAAAUGGAUAAG